UCGUCUCCUGCUUCUGCAAGUCACUGCCUUAACCUAAUUGAAGCAGGAGCCUCCGCCUCCCUUCGAUACCCAGCCACACCGACGUUGUCUUGUCUUUACCCACUGAGCCAUGCCUUCUCUUCCUGUCUCCGAUAUUGCUCUUUCUGAGACUCCCAAAGAUAAGAAGGAGAAGAAGAAGAAGAUGAAGAACGAGGCUCUGAUUGAAGAGGGAGUUUCUGCGAAGAAGAAGAAGGAGAGCAAGAAGCGUAAAGCUUUGGAUGCUGAGAUGGUGGCGAGUGAGGAUGAGGUAAAGAGUGAGACUAGCUCCGAGUUGGUUGAGCCUGAUAGUGUGAAAGACAAGAGGAAGAAGAAAAAGGCCAAGAUGGAUGAACCAGAAGAUAAAGAGGAAGAGGUUGAGAAGGAGAAUCCUAAUGCAAUUUCGAACUUUAGGAUCUCGGCCCCGUUGAGAGCCAAGUUAAAAGAGAAGGGGAUUGAAUCACUAUUUCCUAUUCAGGCCAUGACUUUUGCUACCAUCCUCGACGGCUCUGAUUUGGUUGGUCGGGCUCGCACUGGGCAGGGUAAAACUCUUGCCUUUGUGUUACCGAUAUUAGAGUCUUUGACAAAUGGUCCUACAAAAGCAGCGAGAAAGUCUGGGCAUGGAAGGUCUCCAUGUGUUCUUGUGCUUUUACCUACUAGAGAAUUGGCCAAACAGGUGUUCGCUGAUUUUGAGGUUUAUGGUGGGGCACUGGGAUUGACCUCUUGUUGUUUAUAUGGUGGAGCUCCAUAUCAAGGACAAGAAAUUAAACUCCAGAGGGGCGUUGAUGUUGUUGUUGGAACUCCAGGACGGAUAAAAGAUCAUAUAGAGAGGAAAAAUCUUGACCUGAGCCAACUUAAGUUCCGUGUCCUCGAUGAAGCAGAUGAGAUGCUGCGGAUGGGUUUUGUCGAAGAUGUUGAGCUCAUUCUGGGUGAGGUAGAGGAUGUUAGUAAAGUCCAGACACUUCUUUUCAGUGCUACAUUGCCAGAGUGGGUUAAGAGUAUUUCUAAGAAAUUUCUGAAAUCUGAUAAAAAAACUGCUGACCUGGUGGGCAAUGAGAAAAUGAAAGCUAGCAUUAAUGUUAGGCAUAUCGUUCUCCCGUGCUCCAGUUUUGCCAGGUCCCAACUUAUUCCAGAUGUUAUACGUUGCUAUUGCAAUGGAGGCCGGACAAUUAUAUUUACUGAAACAAAGGAGUCUGCUUCUGAGCUUGCAGGGUUGUUGCCUGGUGCACGAGCUCUGCAUGGUGAUAUACAGCAGUCACAACGUGAGGUUACCUUGGCUGGUUUCAGGGCGGGGAAAUUUACCACAUUAGUGGCCACCAAUGUGGCAGCCCGUGGUUUGGACAUUAAUGAUGUUCAGUUGAUUAUCCAGUGUGAACCCCCACGUGAUGUAGAAGACUAUAUUCAUCGGUCUGGGCGCACUGGAAGAGCAGGUAAUACUGGAGUUGCUGUUAUGCUUUAUGAUCCAAGAAAGUCAAAUAUAUCAAAAAUAGAAAAAGAAUCUGGUGUGAAAUUUGAACACAUAUCCGCUCCCCAGCCUGCUGAUAUUGCUAAAGCUGUUGGUGGGGAUGCUGCUAAAAUGAUAACCCAAGUGUCCGAUAGUGUCGUCCCUGCAUUCAAAUCUGCCGCAGAGGAUCUUUUAAACAAUUCAGGCUUAACAGCUGUUGAUUUACUUGCAAAAGCUCUUGCCAAGACUAUUGGUUAUACGGAUAUAAAGAAAAGAUCACUACUUACUUCCUUGGAGAAUUAUGUCACGCUACUUCUUGAGAUUGGAAGACCCGUUUACACCCCUUCAUUUGCAUUUGGAAUCUUGAGGAGAUUCUUGCCUGAGGAGAAGGUUGACUCUGUGAAGGGUCUCACUAUCACUGCAGAUGGAAAUGGUGCUGUCUUUGAUGUGCCAGCUGAGGACCUGGAUACCUUCCUUACUGGUCAGCAAAACGCUGCUAAUGUUAGCUUAGAAGUAUUGGAAGUAUUACCAAGUUUGCAAGAAAGAGACCAAUCAAGAGGUAGAUUUGGUGGUGGUCGUGGCAGCGGUGGUGGCAACAGGUUUUCCGGUGGAAGGGGUGGUGGCAACAGGUUUUCUGGUGGAAGGGGUGGUGGUAGAUUUUCUAAUGAGAGAAAUGGUAGGUUUUCCAAUAAUUCUAGAGGUGGGAGAGGUCGUGGCAACAAUGGGGCAAAGAGGUGGUGAAAAGAUUGAGUGUAGUCUAUUUGUGAAGACUAAGGAAGUGGUAGUUUUAGUGUUGGUAUAUGGAGGAUCAAAGUUCUGAUGGGCUCAGCUUGCCCGCAUAAUUAAUUCAGAAUAUUCUUAUAUUUUGUGUUAUUUGUCAUUCUCUUUCAUACAUCUGGGGGUUGGAUUUGCCCCCCCAGUUUGUAUGAGUUUUUGUUUUGCUUCGCAUUAUUUUUCUCAUUUUUCACUAGAUUGUAAUAUCAGUUUUAUGUCUGUAUGGAAAUUCCAAAAAGAAAUUAUACUAUAUAUAUUUUCUGUUUUUUGAUUAUUA